AUUUUUGAAAGUAUAAAAUGAACUUUUUCGGCUCUUCAAAAAAAAAAAAAUUAUACUCGUCACUAUGUCACCCACUAUGUGUAUAUUUUGUAUACCAUGACCAUAGACAUACAAUAGGUAUCGGCAUAGUCACUAUACCACUAUAGUGAUAAUAGUUCAAACAUGUAUUUGUAAAAUAGCUUGAAUUGGAACCAAGUUUUAUGAGACAGCUGGUAAACAUCAACAAAGUGGUAGAUCAUUCUAGGUUUUCCAUAACCAAACAGUUAUUCAGAGGGCUUUCUCAACAGAAACCCAUGGAGUCUUCAGAGAUUGUAAAUGCAAGAAUAAAUGCACCUCAUGUGUGCAACACCUGGGACAACACAGAUAACUUUGAGUACACAGAAGAGGAUUUCAUCUAUCAGACUGCCCCAUGGUGUGAUGACUCUCCAAUAAAGCUCAGUAGAUUUGACCUUGAGCUUCGAAAACGGUGGGACAUUGCUAUGAACGAUGGAGUAUUUCGCUACAACAUUGGCCAUAUUGUUACCAGGAUACUUCCAGGUCCUAAACAUUAUGUUGCUCAGUUAAACACUCUCAGAGCCAGAGAAAGACGGAAGCCACAGGAAAUUACAAGUGUGCACCAGCAGUUUAAUCCAGAAGAUUUCAACUUUACUCGAGUGCAGCCAAAAGAGGUCAUCUUCAACCUUGUCAACAAAACAGAAACAAGUUCUGCCACAGGAUCUCAAUGUUCAAGAAAUGAUUAUUUCAAGAAUGGAGUGCCUAAUGGUUAUCUGGUUUGCAAUGGGAAGGUGGAUGCUGAGUGCAGCAGCUGUGAAACAAAGAGACCAGAGAGGCACACAUUGGUAGUUAAUGUCAGCCCCAUGGAAUAUGGCCAUUGUCUCUUAGUUCCUCAGAUAGACAAACUUCCUGCUCAAGUAUGUAUCCUGACAGAGGUUUCUAUUCAAGUUGCCUUAGAAACAAUUUUACUCAGCAGCCACAGAGGACUGCUAAUGGGCUUCAACAGUCUUUGUGCCUUUGCUUCAGUCAAUCAUUUACAUUUUCACCUUUACUACUUGGAGCAUGAGCUGAUUGCAGAUCAUUGUCCUGUAACUCAUCUUGGUGGUAAAGUGUAUGAGAUGACUGCAGUUCCAUGUCCAGGGUUUGGCAUGCAGCUACAUGGCAGCACUGUGCAGAAACUGGCAAGACUUACUCACAGAAUCAGUGACUACUUCAUAAAAAAUGAAAUCGCUCACAAUGUUUUUAUAUGUCGAGGCCCUGUCUUCGGGGAGGAUCGUAAUAGUUUUCAUACAACAGUUCGUCUCUUCAUCUGGCCAAGAAAAAAGUUUAUAGUGGGUCCUAGCACUUCCCAGGGGGGUAGAUCUGAGGACUACAUGCGCAAAAAAUCCUGUGAUGAAUUCAAUGUUGCAUGUAUAGAACUCGGUGGCCAUCUUCCAAUCAAAGAGGAGGCAGGCUACAACAGAAUGACAGAGGAAGAGGUGGACGAAAUCAUUGCAGAUGCUUGCAUUCCUGAUGAUGAUCCCCUGCCAUAUGCCAAGAUUAAGGAAGAAGUAAUCAGAAUAGGAAUUGAAGAGGAUAGUUCUAGUGAUAUAUGAAAUCUAUUAUCAGUUUGUUAGAAAUGGGUUUAUUGGGUUUUGUUGGGUUUAUAUUUUUUUUAAUUUAAAAAACAAGUUAAAUCUCACAGCCAGUGCAAUCUCUCUUAUUUGUUUGUAAUAGAUUUUAUUGUUUGUUAAAAUGUAAUGAAAAUCAAAUUAAUUGUUUAAAUCAUUUUAAAAAUUAUUGUUAGUAUUUUAUUCAAAAAUUGUUUCUAUAAAUAUUUGAUACACUUAUUUUGUAAAGUCCUUAUUUCUAGAUCCAUUAGCUUCUUUAUUUUGUUUUCUUAAUUUUUGUUGGGUUUUAAAUGUACAUUUAUUUUAAAAUACAUUAGCUCUGGUUUUCUAGGUUUUUAUCACAUUAAUGAAAUAUUUAUUAAAAAUAUUAUUUUUAAGGUAAACAAUGUGUUUCAAUUAUGGCAUUAAAACAAGAAUCUCAGUAUAAAUAGCCUGCUUUAUAAUACAAGGUUAAAUACUAAUUAAUGUUUUAAAAACAGAUUUUAUUUAUUGGACUUUUUUUUUUUAUGUACAUAUUAAUUUCUGUGGGUACUGUUCAUUCUUUUUUAAUUUGGCUCUAAAAUGUCUGAAGGAAGAUGUGCAGUAAUGAACUAUUGUUUGUGCUCGUUAAUCAAUUUAUGUUCGAAGGUA